GGAUUUGUCUAUAAAUCAUUCGUUUUUCUUUAGAUUAUUUACACAGAAAAUCACGCACCAAAUCGUGUUAUUGAUCUACCCAUUAUUCGCAUUUCAGGCAAUCACAUAGUUGUUUGGUGUUUCGAUUGGUUUCAAUUCUAUGUCGGACGACGCAGAAGUGACGAAUAAUAAGAAAACGACGAAAUCGACAUUGUUAGAUGGCAAUCACAUUUUUCCUCCUUUUUAUGCUUGCUAUCUGUUGAGGUCCAAGGCUACUGCUAAUUCCAAUCGAACUUAUGUUGGGUCCACACCAGAUCCGCCAAGGCGAAUUAGGCAACAUAAUGGAGAGCUCAAGCAGGGAGCUUGGUCGACAUCCCGUCAUCGCCCAUGGGAGAUGCAAAUGAUCGUAUACGGGUUCCCAAGUAAGCUCGCGGCCCUUCAGUUUGAAUGGGCGUGGCAAAAGCCAGAACUCUCUAGGCACCUCAGAAUUCGGGGGGAGGAUCAAGAAUACUAUCACAUAUUCACUAAAGAUGCAAGGCGCAACUGGGUCGAACGUAAAGUUUGCGUCGCUUACGCUCUAAUCUCUUUAACGCCAUUUAAUCGAUUACCUCUUCAUGUACGGUUUUUUAACCAUGAAACCCAUGGCAUCUGGCAGUCGAUUCACGAGCAGGCAGGUGUCAACACUAUACAACGUGGCAAAUCUCGUGCGAAGCCCGUCAAUCCGCUGCACCUUCUCAGCCAAAGUGUAGCGCCUGCUGUAACGAUAAUACUUGACCUUGGAGGUGUUUCAGGGACAUCAGGGAAGAGAAGAGAGUGUACGAAGGGUGUUAUGAGCCACGAGGGUCCUAUUGACGUAAAAGACGUUGAGUUCAGACAGGGAUUUGGUGUACGGGGGAAAUGGCUAGAGAUAAGAAAGCGUAUCUUAUCAGGACAGGAUCUAUGUUGCCACCUCUGUCAAGAGCGCAUAGCUUUCAAUGACCAUUUGACAUUUUCAAUAUGUCCGCUCGCUGAAUCCCAAGAUUGUUUCUGCAUAACACAUCUCAUUUGCCUGGCAAAGCAUUUCCAAGAUGAGGCACCAGUCGAAGAUCGAAGGGCGCCUUCACAGCCCAAAAUAUUACCUUAUCAAGGUUUAUGUCCCAACUGUAAGCGGACAGUGCAAUGGGGCCAACACAUCCGAGCUUGUUACGCGCGUAAAGAGCAGGUCGAGAAAGCAGAGAAAGCAGAGAAAGCAGAGAAAGCAGAGAAAGCAGAGAAAGCAGAGAAAGCAGAGAAAGCAGAGAAAGCAGAGAAAGCAGAGAAAGCAGGUAGGAAGGUCAGGCAAAGAGAAAUGAAAACGAAAAAAGGGGAUCAAAGCAAUGGAACGGUCGCCCAGCCAGAGUCCAUAUACUCUGCCACACCUGUGCACACAACCUUUGGCUUGUCCAAUGCUUCUGCCACAUUAAUUGAUCCUUCCAUGCCUGCCAGAUCAAUGAAGAGCAAGGACGUCGGUGGCGAAGGUAUCCGUCAUUCUACACAUACAGACGAUAGUGAUGGCAUUAUCUCCGUAUAUUCGGAGACGGAAGAUGAAAGCGAAAGCGAACCGGAAUGGGAGAUUUUCGAGGCAGAGAUGAUGGCUCUCUCAUAGCAUGCGCAUUUAUGCAAGGAAGGAAUUAAUCUGUACGACAAACUGGUGCCAAAAGGCAGUGUAAACAUAAUUAUUUGUCAAUGCAAAACAUCAGAACUAUCUUCCCUUUUAUGUUCUUGAACCGGGUCAUCUUCUUUCCCACUCUCAACCUGCAGUCCUGCUAGUCUGUCACUCAACGAGGUGCACUCUUCCUUUUGCGAUGAGACAGCACUCGAAGCUGUUUUAGACUGGCUCUCGACUUCGGCCGACCCCACAACAACCGGAUAUGCUGGGUCAGGGGACGUGUUGGAAAGAGGGGUGUCCACAGAGCCACCAUCAUCCUCAUCGUCUGUCGUGACAUAGUCCUCCCAAUCAAGCUACAGUAUCAUGUCAGCACUGUCAGAAAUUCAGGUAUCUGAUAUGCCACUUACAUAGUCGUAGAUCACCCUAACGAUCAAACUGCAACUAGGGCAGAUGGCAAUUUCCUCCCCAUCUCGAAGUUGACCUUUGGAUAUUUCGAAACGGUCACCGCAAGGGCACGGAUAGUGGAAUACCCGGGCAACUGGAUCCCAGGCGAAGUCUUCGAUUUCUAGUUCGUCGUAGUAAUUGGGCAUUGCCUCGAGGCUUCGUUGGGU